AUGGCUGCCGUGUGGAGUUUCGACUGGCCUCCUGUGGACAGGACAGCCAGCUGAAAAUAUGGAUUGUUUCCCAGCGUGAAGUGCAGGCUGUGUCAUGAAGCUGGUUCACAUUCUUACCAGCCAGUCAGCUCCAGUUUUGUCUUGCUCUUUCUCUUCUGAUGGAGAGCUGGUUGUCUCUGGUUCGGUGGAUAAAAGUGUUGCAACAUAUGAUGCUAACCUGGGAACCCUGCUUAACAGUUUGAAAGAGCAUGACAGGUAUGUGACUGCUGUUGCUCUGUCUCCCACCAUGCCGUGGAUUGCAGCCGGAUCCAUGGACAGAACCGUAAAGGUGUGGAAAAUAGGAGAUGGAGUCAGCAGAACUGCAUCUGAACCAAGACAGUGUGCCAAGGAAGGAAGUUGCCAGGUCACUCCAGGCUGCUGGUUUGCUGAUUGGUCAAAGGAUGAUGUGCAGACUUGGCUAUGUGAGAAAGGGCUGCAGGAGCUCGUCAGCAUCUUUAAAGCCAACGACAUCGAUGGAGCAGAGCUCAGCCAGCUGAACAAGGAAGCAGCAGCAGAGCUGGGAAUUGAGUCUGUGGCCCUCCGAGGUUCUCUCCUGAGGAAAAUUGAGGCCUUGAAGGCGGAGCAGAGCGGUUCAGAUGCCCCAGAUGAGUUUCUGUGUCCAAUCACCAGAGAGCUGAUGAAGGAUCCAGUCAAUGCUGCAGAUGGGUGUUCCUACAAGUGAGAAUUCAUGGGGAGCUGGAUCAGGGGCCAAAACAAAACAAGCCCCAUGAGGACCCUGCUCCUACAGACCACACUCCUCACCCUUAAUGGAUCUCUGAAGAUGGCGAUAACACAAUGGAAGUCGAGCCAGUAGACAGCAGCUCAUUUUAGCUUUUUUGCCAACUAAACAGGUAUUUCAUAACACAGGAGCUGCUUAUCUGAUAACAAGCGUUGUCAUCACUGAAAGAAGUAAUUAUUAUGAAUAGUUUUUUCAGGGUACCAUUCUAAUCAGAAUCCGAUGAUUUAACGAUUAAAAUAUCUGCACACCUGCUAAUUGUACGGCAUUAUGUAUUUGAAGACAACACUCAAAGUAACACUAUGCAACUUUUGAAAGUAGAAAUUACAAAUGUUCUCUCAAAAAGUUGAAUUCAUAUUAAAUUAAAUGCACAACUGUUCAAUACACUCAGGGAAGCUUAAGGUGGCUGAUGUUGGCAAACUGUUAUCUAUAUACCGUUUUAGCAUCUUUUAAUUUUCCACAAUGGUCACUUGUGACAAACAGUUGACCAGUCAGUGGCAAAUUCAACCAAACUAGAUAAAGAAUUGCCAUACAACUGUGACGACUGACUAGUUUCUUUUCUUGUGGCGCUAUAGUUUAGCUUUUUUUUUUUUAUCCCAAAUGUAAAAAGUGAAAAAACACCGUACCUUGCCAGAAAUAAUUGGAUAUGUAAUGUGCCAUUGUCCUGUAAUUGCCACAGAGGCCGCUGUCACAAAUCGUAGUCUCACUUUUUUAAUCUGUUGCAUUAACCUGAAGCUUUUUGGCAGCAACUAAACAGCUGUAUAAUGUUUACACUCCUCUUUAGGCCCAUGCUAAUUGUUAAUGUCCUCUUAACUUAAACAGCCUUGUGUUUUAGAAUAAAAGUCAGCAGACCUCUU